UUAUUUUUUUCUCUUGCAAAGUUGCACCCCAGAUCCCGUCAUUUAUGAUGGCUGGUUUAUGACAUGAAUUGUUUGCUCUGCGCCGUCAAACCACAGCCCUUGGCCCCUUCUAUUGAAAUUUUCACCACGGAUCAAUGAAUAAACACAAUUCUGGUUGUAUACUUUUCUGAACAGGUAUACAGGUAUACCUCUACAGAUUAUACACCCAAGGCUUCGUAUUGAUCUACACAGCCAAACGUUCUUGUUUAUUUAGAGAGGUGGAAACAUAUACUGGAAUUAAUUCACUUUCAAAUGUAAUUCGAUGGAGUUUUCACAUUUCUGUUGAGGUGGAUAGUGUCAGUGAGAAUUUGGAACCAGUUAACAACCUGUGAACCCGUCUGUCACAAACUGUACAGAGCAUAGCAAAUAAUAUAUUCUGUCAGACUUGUUCUUCUGUACUUUCGUGUUCAGAGGAGCGCUGUGGCGAAAAGUUUUACACAGGGUGACGGUGUAGAUCUUUCAUCGAGUUCAACAAUAGUGUGUUCUCCCGUAGCAAAGGUCAGGUAUAUAAUACAGAUUCCGAGGCAAACAUCACAAUGGCGAACACUACAGCAGCGGCUAUGAUGACAGAGUUGACGACGAUGGAAGCUGAAGAAGUCGCCUUCAAUUUCAUUGGACUAUGGAUCACAAUCGGUGUUUUCAGUGUCUUCGUUCUUUCCUUCGUCAUCUAUGGCCUGGUCAUCGCUCAGACCGGGAAAUUAUUCCUCCCUCAGAGAGCCGAAGACAAGGUACCCCUCUCCCCUGACCAUCGCGAUGACGAUGUCGAGGCCGAUGAAAAGAAGACAUCGCCGAGUACGAGCACGGGGGUGAAAGAAACGGAUAACGCGACGGUUGCCGAUGAGCCGCCAUCAUAUGACAAGGCGGUGCUUGGUGCAACGUCGGGACAGGAUGCGGCAACAAACACAGAUGAUGGUGAUGGAAAGACUGCUGAUGAUGCAAACGUCAAGAUAGAAGUGUAUGAACAGAAAGUAGAUACUGCGGAUGAAUUGUAGAAUUUGUAGAAUUUUAUUGACUCUUUGAUCCCCUCUCGGGUUAUGGGGGUAUAAAAGAACAAAAAAGUAUAAAUAGCAAUGGAUGACCUGUUACAUUGAUGGCAUUAAUCCAUAUACACGCUUCACAGGGUAACAUCGUUUUUACAAAAAGACGUGUAAAAAUCCAUUCUGUGCCAGAUUUUGGUAAAACUGUGAAAACGUGUCACUUGCAAACAUGAUGUAAGGAAAAUGUAAGCUGUAAAAGAUAAUACACAAGAGUCCUAUUGUAUGAUGAUACGCAUAGGCCCAUUCGAUUCAAUGAAAUACAAAAUAGAGCCAGUACCAGUUCCCAGGGUUGCCAGGGGCGUACACCCCAAUAUUUUUCCAAAUUCAUAAACUUAAUGUCCCUCGAGCUUUGAAAAAGCGCCCAUAAUCUGAUGUUUUCUCGUGCCAUCCAUAAUAAUUGCCCAUUGAUGCCAUUAUUGAGAGUAUGCAGGAAAUAUCACCUUUUUGUCCUUUUUGUUUUAUCAAAAUAAUUUGCCGUUCUGAAAAAGUACAACUUCUGUUCAGAAUGAUUGCAGCUAACAUCUCACUACGAAUAUACACUUUCUUUAUCAACAGCAAUUCAGCAAGUAAUGUUGAGUUCAUUGCCUUUGUCCUCACAAUGAAGCACACUUUUCAUGUUUCCUAUAGGUAAUACUCGCAUGUGAUCCACAAACCUUGUCACAGUUGCACCGAAAUCUGGCACAUUUUUGAAAAAUGAAAUACAAAAAAACAACACGUAGCUUUGUUGAAAUAAUGCUUUGUUUUGGGGUUUCAGUUUUUCUAUCAUGAUAGGUGGAAUGAUAGAUUAAUCUUUAUAAACGAAACGUCAGAGAAUAUAUAGUUCAUUUUUAGAGUAAGAGAAUAUACAGUUCACUUUUUAGAGUAAGAGAAUAUACAGUUCACUUUUAAGAGUUAGAGAAUAUAUAGUUCACUAAUUAAUACUAUGGUUGAUUAAAAUUAUAUUUGUCAAAAUAGCAGAGAUGUAGAAGUUAGACUUGUUUUUUUUUUUAAAUUUUUUUGGAAGAAGCACAUGACUGAAAUUUAAGCAUUUCAUUUGGUAAGGAAGAAAAAAUGUUCUUCCCUAACAAAGAUGUCUUAAACAAAAUGAGGUUAUGUCGGUCAAAAGGACUUUUUUUUUAAUUCAAAGGGGACAUUUUAUUAUUUGGAAAAGAGGGGGCAGUGUGCCAUUCCCCAAAGGAGGAGGAAAGUAGUUCAAACUACAUCGAAAUUGCCGGUGAUUUUCUGAACUGUCGAGUCACAUCAUAGGCCUCUUACCAAAACAAAUGUUAUUCCUCCAUUUUCACGUGUAUUU